AUGGGCCUGAGCUUCAUGUUGGUCAACUAUUGCUUCACUGCUGCCGACAGAUUUAGAUGGGAAAAGAAAGUAGUCAACAGAAAGAUUGCCGAGCUACAGAAGUCUCUGUCACAUCCUGAUACAGGAGCCGCAUCUAUUUCAGUUGCCGAGCUCCAGAAGUCUCUGUACGACGAAGACAAGGACGCCCCCUCCAUCACCAUCGUGACCUUGUUCAUCAACCUGGGCAGUUUACAGAAGGGCGGCGGCUCCAACUACAACACCCCGGACAAAUAUAAAAAAUGGAUGAUCACGUGGGGCUGGUUGACCAAUCACGUCGUAGCUUUUUUCGAAGAUGAUGAAACAAUAGAGUAUUUUAAACAAAUCCGUUCUCAGCAGCCCGCCCACAGGACUGUGAUUGUGAAAGUCAACAGGUCCCAGCUGGACGCCUUCAAGAACCUGGAGAGGAUCAAACAAAUUUACAGCAACAGCUCAUACCCCAAACAUUCACCCAACACCAUCAACGCCAACUACAGCUGCACCAUGAGUGCUAAAUAUGACGUCAUGACCAUGGCACUGGACAUGGGACUGGUCAAGACAAAAUAUCUGGCAUGGAUGGAUAUUGGUCUGUUUAGGAAUCUUCUGGAAGAGAAACUGAAACCAAAGAACAACAGCUUCACCAUGGAGGUACCUGCAGACUUCAACAGCAGUCGAGUGGGGUUUACACAGGUGUCGUCAAGACAAGCCAUGGAGAGGCUCAGCCCGUGGGAGUACAUCAGAGAUAAUCAUGUCUGGGUGGCAGGGGGUCACGUGAUGGGGACCCACGAGGUCAUCCGCACGUUCAUCACGUCGUACAAAUAUGUAUCCCAGGAGCUGAUCAAGGCCGGCAUGUCCAGCACUGACCAGCAGGUGAUUGGAGCCAUGUACUCACCUCAGUUCCGACACCUGCAGAAGGUGGACAUACAGGGGUACUCGUGUGUGGACGGACAGUUUGGUCUACAUGGCUCAGACGUGCAGUACUUUUGUUUGAGUUAUAUAUGCAAGGAGGCGGGGGAGAAGGCUAAAAAUAGAACUUUUGUUUGAGUUAUAUAUGCAAGGA